AUGAAGUUCGCACGGUAUCUGGAGGAGAAUGCCGUGGACGAAUGGCGCAAAGCCUACAUUAACUAUCGUGGGCUAAAGAAGCUCAUCAAGCGCGUCGACGAGCACUAUGAGCUGCGUCAGGCACGCAACUCGCAGAUGCGCUUCCCAAAUAUGCCAGAGCAAGCACGCAACAGAGCCGCGCGGCUGAUUCGCCGCGGCACAAGCGUAUUCAAGGGCUCGAAUGGGGCGCCCGAAUACAAGGACCCUGAGCCGGGCGCCAUCGAGGACGAGCUGCCCGAAGUGAGUCUGAAGGAUACCGGCCUUUCGCUGCUGCACGGUGCCGCGGAUAUCGAGGCUCCGGAGGAGGAGGAGCCCCAGCCUGGACCCUCGUCCGCGUCCGUUCAUUCGGUGCUGCAUGCGGACGGCACCAAGACCAACAAGGUCCUCGACGGCGAAUCCCGCUUGUCUGAGGAACCCGAGGCGUAUGCCGGUCCUACGGUGAAGGACUUGGGCCGUCACCGCAUGCCGACAUCGUGGGUCGUGCCGGAAGAAGGCGAUAAUGAUAACAUUGACAUCCACAAGCUCAUUAAGAAGCUGUUUGACUCUGAGGAGCGCAAGUUCUUCUAUGCGCUCGACGACGAAGUGGCGCGUAUUGUGCACUUUUACGAGGAGCGUGAGCGCGAGGCUAUUGAGCGCCUCUCGACUCUGGUUACACAGCUCAGUGAGCUCGCCGAGCACCGUCGCGAGUUCAAAGCCAAGACAAACGAAGUGGUCAACCACGGCGGCCUUUCGCGCAUCUUUUCCGCGGUGCCAGUCAAGAUGGAUGCCGAGGGUCUGCAGCGUGCGCGCCUUAAUGCGCAGCACCUCGCCAAAUCGCCCUCGUCGCCCAACACGGCCGAUGCCGGCGACAAGCGGCGUGCACAGGCAAUCGAGCACAUGCAGGCGCUCAAUAUCGGCCCGCUGCACCCCCAGGCCCCUGGUGAGAACCAGCUGCGUAUUGAACAUGACCCAGUGCGGUACAAAGCCGCGCGCAAGAAGCUACGGGAGGCGGUGAUUGAAAACUACCGUGCUCUCGAGAUUCUAAACAACUACCGCAUCUUGAACCGGACGGGCUUUACCAAGAUCCUGAAAAAGUUUGACAAGACGCUAAACGUCGAGACGCUGCACCUCUACUACUCAAGCCGUGUGAUGCCCACGCCGCUCGUCACCUCCGAGACGGUGCCAAAGCUGCUGCGUGCGACCGAAGAAAUCUUUACGUCGUACUUUGAGCACGGCGACAGUAAGCGGGCGCGCGAUGUGUUGCGCGAGCCGUUCAGCCUGCCGCCAGGUAUGCGUGAGCACAAUCACCACCAGAGUGUGUUCCGCACGGGCGUAUACCUCGGUGUUGCGCUCUGUGCUACGAUUCAGGGCCUGCGCGACGCGCUGGACCCGCAGACGCAAGCGGUGCUGCCGCAGUGGAAGCAGCUUCUGCAGCUGUACGCGGCCGAAUUUAUUCCGACGCUCUUUGCGCUGCUCUUUGGUCUGAAUCUCGCGGCGUGGCAACAUGUGCGUAUCAACACCGUCUUUAUUUUCGAGUGGGAUGCCGGCAAUGCGCUCGAGCCGACGCAGUACUUUGAGAUGCCGGCGAUCUUCUUGCUGCUGCUCAGCAUCUUUUUCUGGGUGUCGUUCGCGAGCCCGGAUGCGACCGAUAUUGCGCCCACAACCUGGCCGUUGGUCUGGCUCGUGAUUGUCUUGCUUCUCUUGCUGAAUCCACUGCCCAUGUUGCACAGCUCGAGUCGCCGGUGGUUUGUCAAGAGUAUUUGCCGUGUCUUUGGCGCCGGCAUUUUUGCUUCGGUCGAGUUCCGUGAUUUCUUCCUCGGCGACGAGCUCAAUUCGCUCGCGUACUCGAUGAGCAACUUGUGGUUCCUUGGAUGCGAGUACCAUCACCAUUUCCAUCAGCCUGACGUGUGUCCCAUGUCGAUCUCAUGGUGGGUCCCGGUGCUCACAGCCAUCCCUGCCUUUUUGCGUUUCGUGCAGUGCUUCCGCCGUUACGCAGACAGUCGGGGUAUGGUCCGCAUCCAUCUGGUGAAUGCAGGCAAGUACGCCUCAUCGAUCCUAAAUGCCUUUUUCUACUUUAAUUACCGGCACCACAAUUCGCAGGGCACUAAGCACUUUGUGCUCUGGAUUGUCUUUGCGGCGAUCAGCUCCAUCUUCACCAGCUCGUGGGACCUAAUUAUGGACUGGAACUUGCUACAGCGUCACUCUAAAUACCCGCUGCUUCGCACAAGUCUUGCAUUUGAGGAGGUAUGGCCGAUCUACUACUUUGCGAUUGUCUCCAACGUCUUUUUGCGCUUCAUUUGGGUCAUUUAUCUGUUUGGCGGCCCUGCGUCUUUGCAGCUGCGCUCCUUCCUCGCAGCACUGCUCGAGAUGCUGCGCCGCUGGCAAUGGAACUUUAUUCGUCUCGAGAACGAACACAUUGUGCCUUUGCCCUACCCCACCUCGCGUUCGCAGAUGGUGGAGAACGACAUGGACGACGAUGCGCGGAGUUCGUUCAACUUGCGUGCAUUCAGCAUUCGUUCGAGCAACUCGGAGGAUAUGAUGCGCAUGAACGACGAGCGUGCCCAGGAGACCCUCGAGCGUACACGCGUGGGCCUCCAAGCUGCCCGCCGCCGGAAUACCCAGGAAGUGGAGCACGAGAUGGAUUCGUAA